UGGCAGAGAUAAAAUGAAGAGGGAGAGGGGGAGGGCGCUUCUCUAGGCAGUGAGGUGAGAAGCAUGUGACCCUCUUCGCUCACUUCGCCAAGAAGUCGCGCACCAUACGCCACCAAGAAGGCGUUUUUGAGGACUCGCUCCGCCCCUCCCCUCCCCUGCCGUCUCCUCGCACCCUCCUCUCCCGCUUCUGCCCUUCACUUAGCUCGGAGAAGGGAGCGCGGCCAUGGCGUCAGCUCCUCCCGGUUCAUCAAGCGCGUCACGGUUGGCGAUGGCGCCGUGGGCAAGACCUGCAUGCUCAUCUCCUGCACCAGCAACAAGUUCCCCACUGACUACUUACCUACGGUGUUCGACAAUUUCAGCGCGAACGUAGUUAUUGAUGGUACCACAGUGAAUUUGGGCCUUUGGGAUACUGCGGGGCACGAAGAUUACAACCGACUGAGGCCUCUAAGCUACCGAGGCGCUAAUGUCUUCGUGCUUGCCUUCUCACUUGUGAGCCGAGCUAGCUAUGAGAGUAUCAUGAAAAAGGUGCUGGAAUGCACUAUCCUGAUUUCUUACUUAACACUUUUUCUUACAAUUCAUAUUUGUUUGGAAUUUCCUAGAGACUUGAAUGUUGUUUAUUUGCUCUUUCCGCUUCGGUGGAUACUGGAGCUUCAGCAUUAUGCACCUGGGGUGCCCAUUGUGUUGGUUGGCACAAAAUUGGAUCUUCGUGAAGACAAGUACCACUUAUUGGACCAUCCUGGGUUGAUACCUGUUACUACAGCUCAGGGGGGUGGACUUCGUAGACAAAUUGGUGCUAUGUAUUACAUUGAACGCAGCUCAAAGACACAGCAGAAUGUCAAAGCUGUGUUUGAUGCUACCAUCAAGGUUGUAAUCCAGCCUCGAACUAAGCUCAGAGAAAAGAAGAAAAAGAAAUCACGAUGUAGAUGUUCAAUGCUGAAUAUCUUCUGUGGAAGAAAAAUGUUAUGCUUCAAAUCCUGAAUGAUUGAAGAGAUCUCACAUGAACCAAUGCCUGGGUUUUGGCUGAAGUGUUAUAUUGUAGCGAGGAUUGCUAGAAAGGCAUUAGGUAUUCCGGUUAAUUCGGAUGAGGAUCGAUGAUUGUUGUUCACCGACCACGAGGGCUAAUGGCUUGCCCGCUGUUAUGAGAAGUGGCUGUGUGUAUGCUUCAUGGCUUUGUCCAUACAGCUUCAUUCCCUAUAAAAUUUUUGGUAAGUCACUGCAAUCUCUUGUACAUUAGUAAAAUCCUUUAAUAUGUUGUGCAUAGUUAAGCAUAAAUAAAUCAAUUAUUAAACUCACGUUUCUAUAAUUAAAGAUGAUAAAGCUGAUGAUGUGUUCCUCUGUCGAAUCCUUUCAGAAUAUCAUACCAGUACUAACUUGAAAGAUGAGAAUAUUGCUACUUCAAAUAAUCAACUAAGGUAUUUUUUCAUUAUACUCGCUUUGUUCUUUUUUGUUUGUUCUUUUAGGAGUUGCAAAGUGCUCUUUUUUUUCUUAUAGGAUCCCAAGAUAAGACAUGGCUAUAAACACCUACCUCAUUUAUUGUUUGCUAUAUUUUUCAAGAUCUAACUCUUUUAUUCAUUGGUUACCAUAGUGGUUGAGGAGAUAAACUAACUUAAUGAGCACACUUUUAGUAGAGAUGUAGGCAUACAUGAUUACUUUUUUAAUACCCGUGUACAAAGGUAAAAGAACAAGUAAAAAAGAAUGGAGUGAGUAUAUAUUUAUAUGAAAUUUUCUUAUGCUGUCAACAUCUUUUGAUUCUAUAAUUUUAUUAGCAGUUUUGGAUAUGUUGUGAUGUCUAAAGAGAAAAGCUUAACUAAUUUGAAGCUUGAUGUCACUGUAAUGAGAGUUGAGGACAAAAUAUGUACUUGCUAAAUAUGUGAGUAGAUAGGAGGUACUAAAGAAGGUUGACGAAGCAUUGUUAAGUUACGAUGAUGAGAAAAAGACAUUCAAAUUGCCUGGUAAAGGAGCAUAUACAUUUGAUAAGCAUUUGAAACAAGUUUGUUUCAAUAGGUUAAAACCAUAUAAUUAUGCUUCUAACAAGGCUACAAGGAUGUAUCAAAUGCUCUUAAUCAUUCAACAGAUUUUUCAAGAGAAUAUUGUGUUCGAAUUCAAAGCAUUAAUUAUUUCUACUCAAUUCAUUAUGUAUCUGUAUUAAAGCUAAAAAAGCAAGUGGAGAGGAUAAGUGACACAAUUAGAGAUAUUUUACUAAUGCUCGAGGUUACGAGAGAGUCCCUGAACUUAUUUGCUUCUUCAAUUGGUUUAAUUGUUGGUCCACUGCUAUUGUUUUCUAAUAAGAAAAUUUUAGUUGAUUGCAACCUGAGUGGUCCAUUAGGAUGUUUAAUACCAAGUGAGUCAGUUCUUAUCGAUGAGAUAAAUGCAACAUUAAAGAUUUUCUAUGUUUUAGUGUUUGAGAAAGAUUGUAUUCUAUUAUCUUAGUGAUCAUGAUUUUCAUAAGAGACAUACUUGCAUACUAGUAACUGGAAGAGAGCAGGCUGAUAUGACUACUAUGCCCUUGCUGAGGAAGCUGAGAGAUUCUUCAAAGUUCUUUUUAUUUCUUAGUGGACGACAACCUAAGUGGAGCUUAUAUAUUUUUCCUAUACCGCUUCGAGCUAGAAGAAAAAAUUUACGAUAACUUAUUUUUGACUCUAUCCAUAUUAGAUGUAGUAAAAAAAUAAGUUAUCGUAAGUGUUUUCUUCUGACCUGAAGUGAUAUGAGCAAACAAUAUAGGCUCCACUUAGAUUGUCGUCCACUAGGCAAUAAAAAGACACUUGGAGAAAAUCUCUUAGCUUUCUAAGCAAGAUCAUAGUAGCCAUAUCAGCAUACUCUCUUUCAGUUACUAAUAUGCAAUUAUGUCUCUUAUGAAAAUCAUGAUCUUCAAGAUAAUGAAAUAUAAUAUCUUUUUUAAGCAUUAAAAUGUAGGUGAUCUUUGAUGUUGCAUGUACCUCGUCGAUAAGAACUGAAUCACUUGGUAUUAAACAUCUUGAUGGACCACUUAAGUUGCAAUUAACCAAAAUUUUCUUGUUAUAAAACAGUAGUAGUGGACCAAUAAUUAAACCAAUUGAAGAAAAAAAAAGUUCAAAGACUCUCUUGUGACCUCUAACAUUAGUGAAACAUCUUAAAGUGUGUCACUUAUCCUCUACACUUCUUUUUUAGCUUUAAGUCAUGUACAUGAAGAAUUGGGUAGAGAUAUUAAAUGCUUUGAAUUCGCAACACAAUAUUAUCUUGAAGAAUCUGUUGAAUGAUUGAGAGCACUUGAUACAUCCUUGUAGCCUUAUCAGAAGCACAAUUAUACGAUUUUGACCUAUUGAGACAAACUUAUUUCAAACGUAUAUGCUCCUCUAUCAGACAAUUUGAAUGUUUUUUUCUCAUCAUCUUAGCUUAACAACGCUUCGUCAACCUUCUUUAGUGCCUCCCAUCUACUCACACCUUCAGCAAGUACACUAAGCUUUAAAUCAGUUAAACUUCUCUCUUUAGACAUCACAACAUAUCCAUAAUUGUCUAUAGAAUUAUAGAAUCAAAACAUGUUGACAACAUAAGAAAAUUUCAUACAAAUAUGUACUUUCUUCAUUCUUUUUUACAUGUGCUUUUAAUUUUGUGCACGGGUAUUAAGAAAGUAAUCAUGUGUCUUUACGUCUCUACCAAAAGUGUGCUCAUUAAGUUAUUUUAUUUCUGCAACCACCAUGAUGACUAAUGGACAAAAAAGUUGGGUCUUGAAAAAUAUAGCAAACUAUAUUUAUUUGUGUUUAUAGCCAUAACUCAUCUUGGAAUCCUAUAAUGAUAAUAAAAAAGAACACUUUGCAACUCCUAAAAGGACAAAUAAAAAAGAACAGAGGAAAUACAAUAAAAAAAAUACCUUAGUUGAUUAUUUGAAGUAGUAAUAUCCUCAUCGCUCAAGUUGAGACUGGUAUAAUAUCUAGAAGGGAUUCCACAGAGGAACAUAUCAUCAGCUUUAUCAUCCUUAAUUAUAGAAAUAUGAGUUUAAUAAUCAAUUUAUUUGUGUUUAACUAUAUACAACAUAUUAAAAGAUUUUAUUGAUGUGCAAGAGAUUCUAGUGACUCACAAGAAAUUCCAAAGGGAAUGGGAGUCUACGGCUCAGUCCUCAUCUUUGGAGCCCUUUUCAACGUACGCGUCUCAUUCCCUGUCUCAAGCCCUGCACAACCACACAAGUUAAUCACAACUUCAUGCUACAAUCAAAGGAGGAGGACAAGAUUAUCAUCAUUCUUACUCAACUUUUGAAGUCGUGUGCUAGUAGGCGUUGUAUAGCUAGUAUGCCCACUUCAAAUGAUGUUACAAUGGUGGACAAUUUGCUAAAAAGAGGUAUCUUGAUACAAUGAAGAAUUUGAGAGCUAACCUCUUGAAGAUGCAAGAAAAAAGUCUCAAAAGCGGAUAUUGAGGUGAUCAUGAGGGAACAAAGUCUUGAAGAUUACAUUCUCAAACAAAUAAGUGAUGUAUAAGAUUCAAGGUUUCCUAGAAGAGAAUGAUGAUGCGUUGGAUGGAGGUCUCCGAGGCAGAGGGUGAUGCUGUUGGCCUUCAAGACGUAGAUGAUGACCUUGGUGAACAUGUUGCCCACCUUGUAGGUUAAGACCUUUCCCUGAAGAACAAUCCUUUGUACCUUUCUUUACUAACCACAUUGUUGGAGGCUACGAGCUUGAUGGCUCUGUUGGGGUAUCAGUUGGAUUACCUGUCCUUGUUUAUGCUCUGUAAUCAUCCAUUUGACUACGUUUAAUUAUGAGCCACCUGAGAAGUCACACAUUAAUUAUCUCUGGUCCAGAACAAAUGGAUCCAAUCUUAUGCACUGC